AUGGAAGGACUUUCCUGGCCGCUGCCGGAAGAGCCCAUCAGAAAGAUGCUGAUCCCUGUCGUGUUUCAGGCAGUUCCCCUGCUUCUCUGUGACCGAAUCCUGCUCUCUUUGCUGAAUGGAUGGAGCCCCUCCCUGGUCCCCCUGGGGGUCUCAGCGGCUUGGUUGGAGGCCGCUCUCCGACUGCUGGUUCUCUGGGGGGUCAGGGGCCUGCUCUCCAUGGGUCGGGCCUCCCCGAUGUCCUUUUCCACGGUGGCUGCAGUCAGCAUCCUGCCCCCUUUGUAUCUGUUGGUGGGACACUGGCUUGGGGACCCUCCCCUCCUGGUCUCUUCGGCUGCUUGGUCUUGGUGGCUGGCAAUCUACGGGGCGGUGGGCUUCUCCCAGCUCCUCUGGGGGAUCCUGGCAGAAGGACGAAGCCCAAAGGAGUCCCGGAAAGAAGACAAAGCCACCCUUUGUAAGAUGCUCAAGCUCUUCCGUCCAGACAAGCUGUAUCUCACUGGUGCUUUCUUGUUCCUCAUCCUGGCGGUGAUUGGUGAAACGUUCCUGCCCUAUUACACUGGGCGUUUGAUUGACAUCCUGGGCACCAAAUACGACGCCGAAGCCUUUUCCACGGCCAUCUCUCUACUCUUCCUGAUCUCAUUUGCAAGCUCCGUGUUUGCCAGCUGCCGUGGGGGGCUCUUCAUGUUCACGAUCUCACGGAUGAUUAUCCGGACUCGCAACUUACUCUUCUCUUCUCUGGUGUGGCAAGACCUGGCCUUCUUCCAGGAGGUGAAAACAGGGGCGCUGGCCUCCCGCCUUUCCAAAGAUACAACUAUGAUGAGCCGCUCGGUGCCACUCAACACCAACGUCCUCCUGCGCACCCUGAUCAAGGCCAUUGGGCUCUAUGUAUUCAUGAUUCGCCUGUCUUGGCGCCUGACGCUGCUAAUGCUGAUCGAGACCCCACUCAUGAUGGCCGUUCAGAAGGUCUACGAUGUCCGUCAUCAGGCUUUACUGAAGGCGAUCCAGGACUCGGUGGCCCGCUCAGAGGAGGUGGUGUAUGAGGUAAUCUCGUCCGUGCAGACUGUGCGCAGCUUUGCCACUGAGGAGAAGGAGUCGCAGCGCUAUGAGGCGUCCUUGGAGGACACCUGCCAGCUGAAGAAGCAAAGGGACGUGGAAAGGAUUGUUUACGUAUUCGUUGUCCGGGUCCUCCGGUUGAGCGUGAAGCUGAUCCUGCUCUACUGUGGUUAUCAGCAGAUCCUCACUGGCCUCAUGACCGAAGGAAACUUGGUCUCCUUCAUCCUCUACCAGACAAAUGUAGGGCGGUGUGUACAGGCCCUGAUUUACACUUACGGGGAUGCCCUGAGCAAUGUGGGCGCAGCAGAAAAAGUAUUUGAAUAUCUUGACCGGAAACCUUCUGUCAGCACAGAAGGGACGCUGUCUCCAAAAUCCCUCUCCGGAUGCAUCUCCUUCCAAAAUGUUUCCUUCUGCUAUCCCUCCCGCCCCGAGAUCCAGGUCCUGAAGAAUGUCUCCUUUGAGCUUCGCCCUGGGAAAGUGACGGCGUUGGUAGGCCUGAACGGCAGCGGAAAAAGCAGCUGCAUCGCCCUCCUGGAGCACUUCUACGAACCCCAUUCUGGGGAGGUCCUGCUGGACGGAGUCCCAGUUGGGAAAUAUGAGCACAAGUAUCUCCAUAGGCAGGUGGCCCUGGUGGGCCAGGAGCCCGUCCUAUUCUCCGGGUCCAUUUGGGACAAUAUCACCUACGGCCUGCAAGGCUGCAGUGAGCAAGACGUGAGCAAAGCAGCGAAAGAAGCUGAUGCCCUGGGAUUCAUCCGUGAGCUAGAAGGAGGCUUCACUGCAGAGGUGGGGGAGAAAGGAGGCCAGCUGUCCGUGGGGCAGAAGCAACGGCUGACCAUCGCCCGGGCCCUGAUCCGUGAUCCCAAAGUGUUGGUGCUGGAUGAAGCCACAAGCGCCUUGGACCCCGAGAGCGAAGCUGCAAUCCAGCGUUCUGUGCAGAACAGUGGAGCCCGGACGGUGCUGGUGAUUGCUCACCGGAUGCAGACGGUGGAGAACGCAGACAAGAUUGUGGUACUGGAAGGAGGAGAGGUUGUGGAGGAGGGGACUCACACGGAGCUGAUGGGCUGGAGAGGCCCAUACUACAGACUUGUGGAAAGGACCCAGGAGGAGUGA